AUCACAGAUCGACACGAUUUGUGAGUCCAUCGUCUCGAGUUGCUUCAUUAUUGGAACUUCAUAAUAGAGACAUUUCCUUUCCCAGUCUCAGUUCUCUCGAACCAUCGCAACAUUCUGAGCACUGUCAAAUUUCUAAAAUCUCGUUUGUUGUUACUCAAGCUCUCAAAAUGGCUCGACCUUCUCUCGCCGAAAAUCGAACGAUGAAAAUCGUUAAUGCCGCAAACGAAGGUGGCUAUGCAGUUGCCGGUUUCUGCUGCUACAAUCUCGAAGCCGUGGUAGCAUCUGUCAGAGCAGCAGAAGCAACCUCUUCACCCGCAGUCGUGCAGCUCUUUCCUUGGGCGAUGGAAUACGCCGGUAGCGCUCUUGUCCGAGCCGCAGCAGAACUAUGCCAUAGCGCUUCUGUACCCGUAUCACUGCAUCUCGAUCACUGCCAGACACCGGAGCUGGUUCGCCGCGCCGCAGAUAUCCCGGACGGCUUUGAUAGUAUCAUGGUCGAUAUGAGCCACUACGAAAAGGAAGAGAACUUGGCUCUGACUCGCGAGCUUGUUGACUACUGCCAUCAACGCGGUAUCGCGACGGAAGCAGAGCCCGGACGGAUUGAAGGUGGCGAAGACGGUGUGGCUGAGACGAUAGAUCUUGAGGGUGUGCUCACAACACCAGAGCAAGCUGAGGAGUUCGUGGCGACGGGAAUUGAGAUGCUUGCACCCGCAUUCGGCAAUGUCCAUGGUGAAUAUGGUCCGCGGGGAAUCAAGCUGGAGUACGAUCGCCUCGAGAACACCAACAAGGCUGUUGGAGAUAGAGUCAGGCUCAUCCUUCACGGGGCGGAUCCGUUUACAGAGGAGAUCUACAGUCGCUGCAUCAAAGCUGGUGUGACAAAGAUCAACAUUAACAAGGGGAUCAACAACCACUAUGUCCCAACUCAAGAGACAGCUAGAGGUCGUCCGAUUACUGCUACGAUUGAAGCUGGUACUAAGGAAAUGCAAAAGGCGUGCGAAACUUACAUGCAUUGGUUUGGCUCGGCGGGAAAGGCAUGAGCGGGAGGUAGAACAAAACAUCUUAGCAUGAUUUUAUCAUCCCCGCCAUAUAGAAUAGUCUGAAUUUUCUUGAAAAGUAUGGGUCAUAUCCUAAAUAACAUAUUUGCAGUGA